UUCUCGCACAUGCGUAUACAUACUGUUGACGACGGGCUAGCUUCGUUAGCCAAAUAGAUUGGUUGAUUUCCUCCCUGUAACCUUUAAUUUACUGCCUGAAUUUAAGUCAGAAAAUUAGUCUGCUGUUGCCAAUCCUUCCUUAUUCCACCAUGCUACAGUUCCUGGCUGGCUUUACCUUGGGAAAUGUUGUGGGGAUGUACCUGGCUCAAAACUACGAUGUUCCCAACAUAGCCAAGAAAAUCGAUGCCUUUAAGAAAGACGUGGAGGCCAAGAAGAAGCCCCCAGAGUGAGCAAAGCAGGACCAUGUUGAAAGCAAGAACAGAUGGACUCUGGAGAGAAACUAUUUAUUUCACAUGGUUAUGGUAUAUUGAGCGUACAUUUGAUAAAAGGAUUGAUAAUGUAAAAUAUGUAUGAGAAUAUUAACAGUGCCUGGAACCACAUUUGUUUCUUCCCUUACGCAUGUUCUCAUUGUAGCCUAUUUUUAUAAGAUAAAUUGUGCAAAGACUGGAUUUAAAGAAUAUUACAAUGAACUAGUGGGAUCACUUUCAGUCCAGUAUUAUGGCACUGUUGGCUGGCCUGUUGUUUUUUUUUAACUUAUACAUGACGUUCAUUAUCUCCACAUCAGGUGUAUAUAAUGUUCUCCAAAGUGUGCAAUUAUUCUUCAGUUUGUAUUCCACAAAGUUUAAAGAACACAAUUCUGAAUAAUUCAGCUUACAAUAAAGUUGUUGGUAAUGAA